AUGGGAAACGGAGCCAAAGCAGCCAUGAAGCGCGAGCGCAACGCAAAGGACGCCAAGGGUAAUGGCAAGUCGCAGACCAAGAUCAACGAAGCCGCCAAGGACAUCCAGUGCGUCGUGUGCCGCCAGACAUUCCUCAAGACGACUCGCGGCCCGGCUUUGACGGAGCAUGCCAGCAACAAGCAUAGCAAGACGCUGGAGGAUUGUUUCCCCGGUUUCGUCGAGGCGCCGAAGAAAUGA